AUGCUUCUGGGGGGAGGGGGACCAGCAGGGUGUGGCCAGCCCCAGGUUUCACAUGCAGGAAGUCGAAUUGUAGGAGGCCAUGCUGCCCCAGCUGGCACAUGGCCAUGGCAAGCUAGCCUCCGUCUGCAGAAGGUGCAUGUGUGUGGAGGGUCCCUGCUCAGCCCAGAAUGGGUGCUCACAGCAGCCCACUGCUUCUCUGGGUCUGUGAAUUCAUCUGAUUACCAGGUACACUUGGGAGAGCUCAAGAUCACCCUGUCUCCCCAUUUCUCCACUGUAAAGCAGAUCAUCCUGUACUCUAGCCCCCCAGGACCACCAGGGUCCAGUGGAGACAUUGCCCUGGUGCAGCUGGGCACCCCUGUGGCCCUCUCCAGCUGGGUCCAGCCUGUGUGCCUCCCAGAGGCCUCAGCUGACUUCUACCCAGGGAUGCGGUGCUGGGUGACAGGCUGGGGCCAUAUUCGGGAGGGAGAGCCUUUGAAGCCCCCAUACAACCUGCAGGAGGCAGAAGUCUCUGUGGUGGAUAUAGAGACCUGCAGCCAGGCUUACAGCAGCCCCAAUGGCACCAUCAUCCAGCCAGACAUGCUGUGUGCCCAGGGCCCUGGGGAUGCCUGCCAGGAUGACUCUGGAGGGCCACUAGUCUGCUGGGUGGCUGGGACCUGGCAGCAAGCUGGCGUGGUCAGCUGGGGUGAGGGCUGCGGCCGCCCUGACCGGCCUGGUGUCUACGUUAGAGUCACUGCCUACUUGAACUGGAUCCACCGCCAUAUCCCACCAUCAGGGGGUUCGGGAAUACAAGGGCCUGCCUGGAUUCCCCUUCUGGCUGGCCUCUUCUUGCCCAGCCUCCUACUGCUGCUGGUCUCUGGAGUCCUGAUGGUCAAGUGCUGGCUGGGGAGAUCCUGGCUAGGCUCCAUCUCCCACCCAACUUCAGACCUCUGA